UUCUCUUUUAAACUAAAGCGCUCCGAUCUCCGCCACGUCUGGUCGUACUUUGAAACUAAAACAGCAGUUCCGGUGCACACACAAAACACGACUUCCCUUCCUAUUUCUUACUACUCUUAAAACUAGGGCACCCCUCGUUUCUGUAAAGCUCCCGAUCCAAGUAAACCACGGGUACACCUUAAUGUCGAACAAAGUUCCCGAAGAAAUCGACUUGAACUGUGAUGCUGUUCCGGUUCACCAAGAAAACGAGAGAAGUGAUGUUAUUGUUGGGCAGCCUGCCUCUGGAUUGGCCACCUCUUGUUUAACCGAAACUGUGUUGGCUGCUGGAGUUGAUGAGUUGGGGAAAGAAAGCAAGAUUAAGAGUGUGAAGAGUCGAGGGAUAGAUUUGGAAGCUGAUGUUGGUUCUUUAGGUGAAGUUGUUGAUGAUAAAGUUAGUGCCAGGUUGAGUUCAGGUGGGGCUUCUUUGAUGGAGGUUGAUGGAGGUGCAGGAACUGGAGAUGGAGAUGGAAAGAUUGGUUCCAUGGAAGACGACAAACCCGUGGAGGAUGAACAAAUGGCUGCGGGGUCUACUGGUGGGGUUACUGAGGACCUUAAUGUUAGCACUUCUCCUAAUGAGGACUCGUUGAUAGAGGGAACUAGUGUCCGGUCGAGCUCACUUGCUGAUAAUACUAUUCAUUCUGGUGAUGGGAGGCCUCUUUCUUCAGCUGUUCAAAGUUGUUUACCUGAUGAGGACCAGAAAAUGAGUUCAAAGGAAAGGAAGGAUCUUCUGGUGGAUUAGAAAAUUGUGAUAUGGAAACUGG